AUGGUUAGCGGGCAGUCAAAGACGCUUGAGGCCGCCGUUAUCGAGUACGAACGCCGAUAUGGCCGAAGACCUCCUCCUGGUUUUGACGUAUGGUAUAAAGCAGCAACACAAGGAAAAUUCGUUCUCGUCGAUGAAUUCGAUUCCCUGAUGGAAGGAUUGAAGCCUUUCUGGGGAGUCCCUCCCGAGGUUCUUCGUGCACGCGUAGCUUCAGCAACCAAUGCCGCAGGAUCAAGGCUCAUUCGCUAUACAGUGAAGAAUCGCAGCUUUAUAGUCGAAAAUGACGGUGAGGCUACUUGGAUAACCGAUCAGGUCAGGUUUUGGUUUACAGACGAUACCUUGAGUACCUUACCCGAUAUGAUGUUUGCCUUUAACAUACUUGACGAGCCAAGGGUUGUAGCCCCUUACGAUGAAUUGGUGGAGGCUCUCGAGGUUGCUUCAAAAGGUGGAGCAAGAGACUCAACAGAGGGCAAAGACUCCGUCACAAACACGAUUGAAUUCGAGAAGGCAAAUGCCUAUGAGCUAUGGGAUAGUACGACAGCCUCCUGUGACCCGAACUCUGCGGCUCGAAGAGCUCCGACCAGAUUCAAGCUCUCGCAUAAGGGUCUAGGUAGCAGCUUUGUCUCCAAUAUGACCAUAGCUCAGGAUGUCUGUUCCAUGCCCGACCUUCAAGUCCAGCAUGGGUUCUUCAUUGCGCCCGAGACGUCAAGUGUUGCACACUCAUUAGUCCCUAUCUUCUCGCAGGCCAGGCCUUCGACUUUCCAAGACAUCCUAACACCAAGCGUGUAUUAUGACGCGAGGCUAGACCUAAAUGAAUACCAGGAAGGCCAUGACAUGGACUGGGAUGAUAAAGAGAACGUCGUGUAUUGGGCCGGCUCGUCAACAGGGGGGCAUACGAAUAUUCGAAACUGGAAGACGUUCCACCGUCAGCGACUAGUGCUCGCCACCAAUAACAACGCUACAAGGAUCGGACUCAUGAAAAAGGUACCGAAACCUUCUCCAAAGGACGGCAAAGCUACAUCUACAUGGCGCACAUAUUCAUCUAAGAUGCAGGAGGUUGCAUCGUUUUUCAAAAUUCGAAUCUCAGCCGUCAUCCAAUGCGAGCAGGAGGCCUGUCGGGAACAAAGGGCCGCUUUUAGGCCCGGCGAGCAACCACAAGAAGAUUAUAGAGCAACUUACCAAGCUCGUUACAAUCUAGACCUUGAUGGAAACGGUUUCAGCGGUCGCUAUCUUCGUGGCCUACUGUCUAAGUCCGCCAUGAUGAAGCAAACAAUAUUCAAAGAAUGGCUUGAUAAUUGGUUGACGCCUUGGGUCCACUAUAUACCAGUUAGUAUGGAUUUGACAGAAUUCCCUGAAUUGGUACGAUUCUUCACGGCUGAGCCGGAGGGACAAGAGCUUGGGAAGAAGAUUGCGGAGACAAGUAGAGAAUGGGCGCGUGAAGCUAUUCGGAUGGAAGAUCUAAGACUUGCGUUUUGGAGAAUCAUGCUGGAGUAUGCGCGAGUCAUGAGUGAUGACAGGGAUUCUAUGCAGUGCUGCUCUUGA